AUGGGGUUCACACUGCAGCAAUACAUGUCCCCCAUUGGCUGGCAGAGGAGGGUGGAGGACGGGCGGGUUAUCUAUGUCAGUCCCAGCAGCACUACCCUGUCCUCUCUGGAUGAAGUCAAGACCUAUCUGUUGACAGAUGGCACCUGCAAAUGUGGCCUGGAAUGUCCACUUGUCAUACACAAGGUGUUCAACUUCAGCAUGGGUGUGGAGGUGGAGCAGUACAGCCAGCCAAUAGGCAAAGCAGAGCAGGACAUGACCAAACUGUGUAACCACCGCAGGAAAGUGGUCGCCAUGGCAGCACUGUGUCGCAGUAUGCAGGCCUCACAGCUGCCCUUCACCACCCCUCACCAUGCAGAGGUCAAUAGUGGUGCAGUGGACAACGGUGAUCCAAAGAGGAUGCGAGUGGAGCGCGAGGAUGAGGACCGCAGCACUUACCAGCCCAAACCCCACUUGAUUCCCACCCGACCCCACAACAACCUCCACCCAACCCCCUGCGCAAGCCCCAAAACCUCCUCUCAACUCAUUUACCCUUUCAAUGGUUCCUCCCCUAUCGCACAUACUAGUACCAACUCUCACCAUCCUCUUGAUGCUUUGAGACGGCUACAGCAUCCUGCUCACCCUCUCCCUGCCUCUGCCAACACCACCUCUAACAACUCCCCGUUCCCAGUGUACAGCACUGCCCAGAGGUCACCCCGCACCCCAACACCUCAGAACCUCAGCCAAGGUCAAAGGUCAACUCCAAAAACCCCAGAGACUCCUGGUUCACCCCGGUUGGUGCCCCUCUCCUCACCCCCCCCUUCCUCUCCCAUGACUCUGGGCGGAGGAGGAAGAACAGCACAGGCCCACGGUCAUCCUCAUGGUGUCAUUGUUGCAGGGUCCCCACUCUCUCCCUCCCCCUCUCCCUCACCUUCUGUCAGCAGCAUGAACUGUGUUUCUCCUCAUCAGAGGUCCCGUAAUCCCUCCGCCUCCUCCUCUUCUCUGUCUGAACAGGGAGGAGGUGCAGUAAUCACAUCAGGAGACGGAGGACACGUCGGAAGUAAUAUCUCUCAGCGUAGGAAAUCCACUUCCUCCUCGCCACACUCCCCUCUCCCCGGCGCCUCCCCUAACCCUGGCCUCCAUUUCCCAAAGUACAAGCUGGAGGACAUUUUGGAGCAGUUUAAGAACUCAGGCAACAGCAGCACUAACAACCAUCACUUCCUCCUAAAUCCCAGUAACCCCACCCAACUGACCAACCAAAGCAGUAGCCACCCGCACGUCUUCUCCCUUUCUCUCGAUAAAGUUGGGAACUUGAAGGCCUCAAAGGCCAUGGUGGGACCACCGACCAGCGUGGGACCUCCGGGAUUCGGGCUGAAUGUUGCAGGGCCUUCCAGUCUACCUUUGGGUCCAUUUCUCCACCACCACAGUCACCAGGGCAGGCCCCCACAUCCGGCUUCCUUCCCUGCCAGCAGCCUACUCUCUGCAGCUGCCAAGGCCCAGCUGGCCAGCCAAAUGACCCAGGGCCAGAGUGUAACUUUGGGCAGCAACCCAGUCAGCUUGGCCUCUCCACUGGAGGUUUGGAAAGAGACGCAGCAGCAGUCAUCGAAGGUAACAAACAGCACUUUACACAACAGCCACCCUCCUCCGUCCUCCAUCGCUACCACCAGGCCACCUCCUCCCCAUCCCUCCCUUGCAGCGGCCUCCUCCCUCCUCCUCCCUCCAACCCACCCCCUGGCCCAGUCCUUAGUCACCUCCUCGCACCACCUCCACCCUACAACAGAGCGCAGUGCCUCACAUAGGAAGCGUCAGCGGCGGUCUCCCACAGUACUUAGCAUGCUGAGAGAGACUCAGCAGUUGGCCAACGGGCCUCGGAAGUCUCCACCAAGAGACAUUGUCUCUGCUGCCAUCAUCAACCUUUCCUCCUCUUCUUCAUCUUUCCCUUCCUCCUUGCACUCCUGUUCUACCUCAGCCGCGCAGAAUCAUAACGCUAUGGUCUCCGAGAGCCAAUACCACCAACCCCUGCCCGGGCAGAUGCCCAGGCCCUCUGUUGCCCGGCAGACGCUGCCCCUAUCUGGGCAUUCCAGACAGAAUGAGGCCCUGGAUUUCACUACAGGCCUGGCUGCCUCCACAGGGACCUCUCCGGGCCUGGACCCUCCAACCCAGCCCCUGUCAGCUUUGUUGCACCUCCUCAGUGUCCAAAAUGCCCAGGGCUCAGCAUUCAGCUCUACUUCAGUGCAGCCGGGCUCUCUGUCAGCAGGUGGAGGGGGAGGCGCUAACCGUCAGAGCCCCAGAUCAUCGCCUUCCUCCCUAGCUACUCACUCCAGUAUCAGGCCCCUCCAGACUCCAUCUCCAUGCUGUAACACUACUGCAAGUAACACUACUCCUCUUCCCUCAACACCACAGCCAAUCUCCCCUUCUUCUGCCCACUCCUCUCAGCCCAGAUCAGUGCAGUCUCCCUCACAGCCCCAGCCAACCAAAUCCAGCCCUAUGCAGAGACUUUCCCCUUCUGCUACAGUCCCGCUCAGCCUCAGAAGUACCCCCUCUCACUCCCCUUCCCCGGCCCACACAGAGGAAUUCCGGUCAACUCGGAAUCACAUUCUCCCAAUAGACUCCGUUUCCCAAGCGCCCUUGCAGGAAGCCUUGCCCCAAAUCAUCACAGCAACCGAGAUGGGCGGCAGUAGCAUGACGGCCACGGUGGACCUGAGUCAUUCUCAAGGCAGUGUUGCUCUGGCGACAUCCACCUCCCCAAAACCUCUGGAUCUUAGCAACCACGUCCUUGCCCUGCUGGCAGCAUCUUCAACUGCGCCGGCCCAGGGGGAAGGUAGCUGCUCAGACCGUGCCACUGGCAGUACAGGGACUACAGAGUCUUUAGAUGUAGACCUCCAGGUUUCCAUGACGCCCAAACUCCCAGGAGCUAACACCCCUGCACCUGGCCCAGACCAUGUCUCCCCUCUCUGUGGCAACCCCAGUCCCACCACCCCCUCUGCUGUGGAGGACACCUCUACUCCCGUUCCCUUGGCCGAGGCAUUUCCUCUAAUGAACCAAGAGCAGCUUCUCCAGCUCCUUUCAACCACAGGAGGUCUCCCCUCCCUUCUGGACCCAGCAAUCUUGGCUUCACUACCCCUAGCCGGGUUAUGGUUUGGCGGGCAACAGGGACAGAUGCCCUCUGCCCCACCCACACCACAACCUCCACAGAAUCUCACAGAGCAACAACAGCCAGAACAACAGCAGCAGUUACUGAUCCAGCAGCAAGAAACACAUCAACACAACCAGGAUCAACAGUCGAAACAACAGAUAAACAACAGUCCUCUGUUCCCAUUGUUGCCCUCAUUGGUUGGCGCUCAGGCAGAGUUGCCUCUGAAUCUGCUGGGUCUGCUGAACCCGCUGCCGCCCCCUGCUGCCUCAGCCGCUACCCUGGGACAUGAGGCCGAACUUGGGCUUGCAGAAAAACCUGGCCUCCAGGCUCUACUCAUGGCAUCCUUGCUGCUAGGGCAACAGCAGGCCACUAUGUUACCUCUGUCAGGGCUGGGUCAGCUAAGCCAUCUUAGUUUGGAGAUGCCCCUACAACAACCACAACAGAUUCCGGCCACAAUAGAGAGCGUUCCUCUGGAUAAGGGGUCUGGCCUUCUGGAUCCAUCACCGUUUCCUGGUCCUGGACUCUUGGAGGUCCUCCAGGGGCUUCUACCCCCUCCUCCACCCCCAUCUGAGGGCUCCCUCCAGGCCCUGCACUCCCUGCUCCUCCCUGCACAUCUUCCUCCUCCCCCUGCAGCCUUCCUCCCCCUCAGCCCUGCCCUGCUGACCGCUGCCCUGGGCUCUGCCGAGCUCCACCCACCUCCCCCCACCCAGCUAGCUCCCGCACAGCAAACCCAACAUACCCCACCUCAGGUGACCAAUGACCCUGGUGUGGACACACUCAUCCCAUUUCCUCUUCAGGGCAAGGACAAUUCCAUCCUCCAACAGUUGCUGCCCACAUUGCUUAACCCUACUGUAUUAGGAGAUCUGUCUGGCCUCGCAGGUCUUCAUAGCAUGGUGGGGCUGGGAGCUGGGCCUCUCCUUCUCCCCCCAGUUCAGGCUUCAGCUCUGGGAAUGCCUCUGCUCCAGGGUCCUGAUGGAGCCAUCAACUUGCUCAACAACAUACAGUUGAACAUUGCGCCUCCCCCAGAGGACGAUAAGCCAAUCCCGUUGCAAGAAACACAGAGCCCCACCACACAGGAAGACAUUCCGGCCAAUCAGUUAGCUCCAGAGGUAGUCCCCAGCCCUGCCCCUGCACCAGCCCCCGCCCAUGCCACUACACCUACACCUGCCCCUGUCCCAGACCCACCCACAACCCCACAACGAGGAUCUGAGGGCAGGUCUGUUAGUAACGGAGGGGUAAUUGAUCCGUACACCUCUUUCAUGGACACAAUUUAUACCUCCUUCCUCCAGGUCAGUGCUAAAGAGCAGGAAGAAGGGGCCCAGUCUGGGCCAACGGACCCCACCUCACCCUUCUGUGCCUUACCCCCUGUCUCCUUCCCAGGGGAGCACCCUACUCCGUCAAACCCUCUCCCUAUGCUCCCCCAUGCGAGUGCCCCGGUCUCCCUGAGCCCGCGUCGGGCUUGCUCCCUCCGCAACCCUGAUUUGUCCAGACUGAACCUGGAAGCGGCGGCCCACUCCCCAGCCCAGGGGACCCCCAAACCUAGUGAGGAUGGCUCAGCAUCACCCACACAGAGAAAACGGGUCAUGGCUGAAGGACACACCCACCCAGAGCCUCCACUGCCACCCAUAUACCUAGAGGAAGCUAAGACAGACUGUGCAGGACCCGCUGCGGCUGUUUGCCCCUAUGUUGAAGCAGGGGUAGAAAGGCAAGGGGAUCUGCCCCAGGCUGGGGGGUACCUCAGCCCUAGGAAUGGAGGGAAUGGGAGGCCCAAGGAGGAGACUGCUGAAGUGCUGUUGCACUCUGAACAGGCCAGGGAUCAAGCAGGAUCGACAACGGGAGCCAGGAGAGGCAGGAAAAGGAAACAAACACUACAGAAUGUUCUAGAGGACUUCAGAGACAUGGAUGCCACAGCCCUAGAGGAAACCAAGCCUACAGCAGUACUGCUGAAGCCUGAGAGGUCAGUCCGAGGCAGGAGACGUCGGGGCGCCAGGUCUCAGAGGCAGUGAUUGGUGGAAGGAUCUGUCAAUCCAAGCAGUUCACCGGUCAAGGUGGCUAGAGGCCCCUCUUCUCCCUCCCAAAUGUAGACCACCUCUCCUGCAUCAUCACCACUGCUCUCCACUGUCUAGAUCUUUUACUUUCAUUUUAACUGCACUAAUAUAUAACGUUAUCAUGUCAACAGUUUUUAUGGCUACCACUAUGGGGG